CUGUUUUGUCCGGUACCGAUCGUUGGCACAAGAUGUCCAGGCUCUUCAGUUUUCCACUAUUACAAAUGCUGUGGUGACUUGAACAAGGAUUGCUGCUUUAACUUGCAGGUACUUAUCUCGAUAUUCAGAAUUUUAGAUGAUGCAUCAUAUCUUUCUAGGGUUUUCGCGAAGAACUCUGACCAUCGGGUCGGUGGUCUUCCUGCAUUCCGUUUGUUUCCAAAAUCUUCAGUUUUCCAUGUUGUUGUUUUGAUGGAAAUCCAUGCUGCAGCUUAA